CCCUGGAAAACCUGGAAAACCUGGAAAAUAUACCACUUUUUGAAAAACUCAGGGAAAACCUGGAAACGCACCUGGAAAAAAUUUUGACCCAGGGAAAAUAUAUGGCAUUUGCAAGAGACUCAGGGAAAAAAAAUUUUGGUAGCAAGUUGAACUGAAGUUGUGUUACUAUUAUUUCAUUGUUAGCUUUUCAGCAUGAUUAAUGGUAGCCAUAGUGUUCAACCAAACAGAUUUAUGCAACUUUUAAUUUUGUUUAUAUAGAUACAGCAUCUCUUUUCUUCUGGCGACACUCUUUAUAAUAUAAACAAAUUGUUAAUGUAGUUUUUUAUUCUGUAGCUUGCAUGUGAUUUUAAAAAGUGAUAAAAGUUUAGCGAUUGGCACUUGUGUAAUGCAGUUUGUUGUAAUCUAUGGUGUUCUGUUCUUAUUUUUUGUAAGUUUUUAGUUCUGUUGUUUUCUAGUGUAUUAAAAUAAAAUAUGAAAGAUCAAACCUAUUUCUCAAAGGAUUGGCUGGAUGAUCCAGACUUUAAGGAGUGGAUUGUAAAAACCAAAGAUAAUACAGAGGCUCGAUGUAAAGUUUGUCAUAAGACGAUCAAGUUGUCAAAUAUGGGUCGUCAAGCCUUAGUUAGUCAUACAAGUGGUAAAAUGCAUGUAGACCGAAGGCAAAUGUUCUUUAAAGCAAAAACUAUUAGUAAUAGAAGCGAACAGCCUAUUAGUAUUGAAGAGCCAAGUACAUCUAGUGAUUCUACCUCUACAUCUAGUGGUUCUACAUCUAGUCAAAUUCAGUCAGUUCAUAAGACUAAAGCCACAGAAGAAACUUCACUUGAGUUGCUAUUAAAAGACAGUCAAAAGCAGAAAUCUGAAAUAAUUUGGGCCUUAAAAGUAGUUGUUAACGGCUUUUCUAACAAUUCUUGUACUAACCUUGGUCAAACAUUUAGAUGCAUGUUCCCAGACAGCAAAAUUGCUCAGUCAUUUGAACUUGGGCCUACCAAAGUCCAUUAUAUCAUCAACUUUGGAAUUGCCCCAUACUUUAGAGACAUCUUGUAUGAUUCAUUGAAAAAAGUUGAAUGUUAUGUUGUCUCUUUUGACGAAAGUUUGAAUACUGUAACUCAGAACUGUAAAAUGGAUGUACUAGUAAGAUUUUUUGACCCUGUUGAUGACAAAGUUAAAAUCCGUUACUUAGACUCAAGCUUUCUUGGACAUAGUGCUCACCAAGAUUUGUUCAGCCAUUUCACGAAGACGCUUGGGAAAUUAGAUCCAAACAAAAUGUUUCAAGUAUCCAUGGAUGGACCUAGCGUUAACUUCAAAUUUUUGGAAAAAGUCCAGAAAGACCGUCUUGACAAUGAACAACAUCAACUCAUUGACAUAGGUAGCUGUGGUCUUCACACUAUUCAUGGUGCUUUCAAAAAUGCUGCAGUUUCUACUGAAUGGAACAUUAAGAAAAUACUCCAUGGUUCUUACCAAAUAUUGCACGACACACCAGCCAGAAGAGAUGAUUAUGAAAGUGUGACAUCAUCUAAUGUUUAUCCGCUAAAUUUUUGUGCUACACGGUGGGUGGAAGACAAAGUUGUAGCAGAGCGUCUCAUUGAAAUUUGGGAAAAUAUUGUGAAAAUCGUAAAGUUUUGGGAAGGUCUUCCGAAAUCAAAACGACCUGCUUCUAAGAGCUAUGGUUAUGUGAAAGAUGCUGCUAAAGACCUGCUCACACCUACGAAAUUGAAGUUUUUCAGUUUCCUAGCUGGAAUUUUGCAACCAUUUUUGGUAAUGUACCAAACGGACAAACCAAUGGUUCCUUAUAUGUAUCAAGACUUGACCAAGCUUUUAAAGAAUUUAAUGAGAUUGAUUGUUAAGCCUGAUGUGUUAACAAAAUGUGAAUCAAUAAGUGAUUUAAAAGCUGUCAAUUUGAAUGAUAAUUCAGUGCUUAUGAAACCAAAGAAUUAUAAUUUAGGCUUUGCUACUAGAUUUGAAAUAAACGAAUUAAAAAGAAAAGAUCUAAUAACUAAUGCACAGGUGGCUAAGUUCUUUACUGAUGCUGUUAUAUUUGUUAGAUCUAUUGUUGAGAAGUUAUUCGACAAGAGUCCGUUGUCAAAAAAUGUUGUUAAAAAUUCCACUAUAUUUGAUCCCAAGGUAAUGGUUACUGAAAGCUCCUCUGUUUUGCAAACCAAACUGAGAAGCAUGUUAACAUAUCUGGUGAAGCUUAGAGUUUUAACAUCUUUUCAAUGUGACAAAAUCACUGAAGAAUUUAAUGAGUUUUCCGAUCACAAUUUGAAACUUCACAUUGAUAAAUUUCAGAGUUUUGAUAGGUUUCAAGAAGACUUAGAUGAAUUUUAUUUUGGUGAUGUUGGCGUAAAAAGUUUCAAGGAACUUUCUUUUCUUAUCAAAUUAGUCUUAACAUUAAGUCACGGUCAAGCGUCAGUUGAAAGAAGUUUUAGUAUUAACAACUCUGUCCUCAGACAAAACAUGAAAGAAGAAUCUAUCGUAGCUAAAAAGGUUGUGAGUGAUCAUAUGAUUGCUAAUGGUUUAAAACCUGAUAGUAUUCAGGUAACUAACAAGCUGCUUCGAUCUGUAGCUUCUGCAAGACAAAAGUAUGAAGACAGUUUAGAACUACAGAGACAGAAAAAACGCAAUGAAAGAGAUGAGAAUCAAAAGCGCAUAUUAAAUGAUGAAAUAAGAGACACAAAAGCUAAACGUGAUGAUUUGCAGAAGACAUGUGAAGCAUUAGACAAAGAAUUCGUUUCAUCAGUAGAGAAAGCUGAAAAAGAUAAAGAUAACGUUGUGUCACUUGUAACCAAGGCAAAUGCAUUGAAAAGAAGAAGUGUUGAGUUAAAAACUCAAGUAAAAAGCUUAGAUGAAGCACUCUUGGUUUUAGAGGAGAAGAGGAGGAAAGUUUGUAAAUAAAAACGACUAAACAACUGGCUGUUUCUAUUUUGUUUGUUUUUGUGUUGGACUGAUUUUGUCUUCUGGAUAGAUCUUUAGUUUUUGUUUGACUGUAACCCAUUUUGUUUUGUUUUAUUUUGGACUGAAGUCAAACUUCUCAAGAUACGUUUUUAACCAGCACCAUUUACAUUAUUAGAUGGGCCUGGCUACCCACUAACCUGUCUUAAGUCAAUGUUCCACUUUCUGGGCUUGAAACUGUUCUGCAGUAGUUAACUUCAGACUAAUAUCAAGCUAAAUGGAAUAACAGUUUCUGGCAGUUAGCAGUGUUCAGAAGUACAUAAAUCUUCUUUUGCUGAAGUUUACAUACACACCUGUAUUCAAAUGCUGGAUAAUAUACACCCAAAUGUUUCAAUUUCAGUUUCAAUUUUGUCCCACUGUCUAAUAUUUAUGUUUCUAUUUAAUGACCCUAGUUUUUUAGACGCUAUUUAGUAAUAUCUAAUGCCUGCUGUUUUUUACUUGGGGAACCAGGAAUUGAACUUAGUAUGCUUAAUGUUUAUUACCUUGGAGACCCAGGGAAAACAAUAUGUUUUUUUAUGUGACCCAGGGAAAAUAAUAUACUUUUCAAGGGUCAUGUCCAGGGAAUUUUAUAUGCUUUUCUUGAAAGCUCAGGGAAAAGUUUUAGAAAAUU